GCUCUCCUCGAACUUGGCCAAGAAGCAGCAUGCACACCAUCCCUCGAUGCGCCCGCCGCGCGUACGCGACAAUGCCCGAGGCGGCGCGUGCGGCCAUGUCCGCGUCCUCCCCCACCGCCGUAUGGCUCAAGCGCAUCCGCCCUCGCUCACAGCCCGAUGGAAAGCUCAAGUCUGCGCUGCAAUGGGAUGUCGACAACGGUUGGGUCGACACAACCACUCCGGAAGGUCUCACUCUCCGAGAGCACAAGCUGUACCAAGACGCGUAUGCCAAGGGCGAGACGGUUACGGAGGACGGCAGAGAGCUCAGCGCGGAAGAUUGGCUGCAGCAACGCGACGCCCGGCGCCAUCGCAUCCGGGGCGUCAAGGGUGACCGAGUUGUCGGACAGAAGGUUUAUCUGCCGAACAUCAUCUUCAAGCUCACCCGCAACUUCACACCUCCGGGCCGGCCCUACAACCCCUACGAGGCCACCUUCCGUCUCCCGCACUCGAUCACCAAGGCCGACAUUCGAUCAUACCUCCUCUCCGUUUACGGCGUCCAAACGACGUACAUCCGCACAGACAACUACUUUGCACCUGUCAAACAAAUUCGACAUGGACGAACGAAACCGCUGUCCUACCGGUCGUACAAGCGUGCCGUAGUCGGUCUCGUGGAGCCGUUCUACUAUCCGGAUGCGCUGGAGGACAUGAGCGGAGCCGAGCGUGAGGAGCGUCAACAGUGGAUCGAGCAGAAGUUCCAGACCGGAUUGAUGGACGAGAUGCGAGCGUACGAGUUGCUGAGGCUGACCAGGCAAGGCAGCAAAAACUGGAAAUGGAGAGGCGAGGCAACGGCGAAGCGGGGCAACAUCUUGAGGCAGGUGAUGGAGGCGAGAAAGCAACGGGAGUCAGCGCUGGCGGCGGUGAAGGAAUCUAUGCUUCAUCAGCGGUCGAUUGGUCGUCCGGUCUUGAUCGACAUCCCAAAGCCCUCCUCCUCCUCAGGCUCAGCCUCGUCCUAGACCUUGACCAUGUUAUACAUUGUUCCUAAUAUCAUUAUCCACUCCGGUGCAGCGGAUGACAGCUGUCAGC